AUGCAUUUGGAAGAUGGUGGAUUUAAAGGUGGAAACCAAACUGGAAGCCAAAAUCAAACUGUGGUACUAGACUUCAUCCUCCUGGGGUUUGGUAAUCUUCAUGGGCUAAGGAUCCCCACCUUCGUGAUAUUUCUUGCGGUCUAUAUAGUAACCGUCACAGGGAAUAUCAUGAUCAUGCUGAUAGUGUUAACUGAUCGUAACCUUCAUAACCCCAUGUACUUCUUCCUAGGAAAUCUCUCCUUCUUGGAAAUAUGGUACACUACCAGUGUGGUCCCAAAGAUGCUGAAAACAUUUCUAACCAUCCAUGAAGCCAUUUCUUUCUCAGCUUGCCUCCUUCAGUUUUAUAUCUUUGGUUCAUUGGCAGUUGCUGAGUGUUUCCUCUUAGCUGCUAUGUCCUAUGAUCGUUACGUUGCCAUAUGCCAUCCAUUGCAUUACACAAACCUUAUGAAUUUCAGGGUGUGUGUUCGGCUAGCAGUAGGAUCCUGGGUUGGUGGGUUCCUCUCCUUGGUGGUCACCAUGCCAAUGGUUUCCAUGUUGCCUUUCUGUGCUUCUAAUGAGAUUGAUCAUUUCUUCUGUGAUUUGGCACCCGUCGUAAAACUCGCCUGUGGAGACACACUAAUAGUGAGGAUCCCAGCUUUCAUUAUUGCCUCCCUCGUGUCAUUCUCUCCAUUCCUUCUAACCAUUCUGUCCUACUAUAAAAUCAUUUCCAACAUCCUCAAGAUUCCAUCCACCAGAGGCAAACAGAAAGCUUUUGCCACCUGCUCCUCACAUCUCAUUGUCGUUACAGUGUUCUAUGGGACAUUGAUGGUGGUAUAUGCUGUGCCUACAACAACCUGGUGUCCAAACCUAAGUAAAGUUUUUUCUGUGCUCUAUGCAGUAGGAACACCAAUGCUUAAUCCUAUUAUAUACAGCCUGAGGAACAAGGAAGUACAAAAUGCAUUGAGGAAGCUGUUGAAAAGAAACCCCUCAUUAACACAAAACAAGUGA